AGAACUUUAAAACCCAGUCCCUUCUCCUGGUCACGCUCAACACGCCAGCUAGGGAGGUCUAGAUGUGAAUUUGCUUGGACAACACAGAAACCUUUGAUGUAAGGCAUUUUUAUAACUUUUUAAUUAUUAUAUGCAGACCUUAUAAAUAUUUUCAUUUCAGUUUAUGUUAUCGUGUGUGCUCUCUGAACAAUGCAAGUUAAUUGUUUAUAAUUUACAAUUUAUUCAGCAAUUUUCACGGAACACUGUUUUAUUCUGUGAAAGUUUAAAAUGAGAACCUUUGUCUUUGACGUUGUUGUAUUCUCAUGUGCACACUUAUGUCUAUGGAGUUGCAUUUUACAAAUAGUUCAUGCACAAGAUGAGCGGCGUAGCGACCCACAAUCCGGCGGCUUUUUGCGAAGGUUUAGAUGGGAGGUCAACGGCAGGGUUCACAGUCUGCUGAGUCGUGCAUCACAGUUACAGGCACCGAGGCGAAGGGAAGAUAGUACGGGGUCGGUCCGGUCAAAUCCCGUCGUCAUCAUCCAGAGCAGUAAUGAAACCGAAGAAAAUUCUCAAGUCGGUCGCGGAGAUCCGCAGAGAGCAAGGGGGCAAGUGCGCGGCCGCCAAUGGUUCCAAGCUGGAGCUGCGAGAAGAUCCCAGCAGCGCAGACCCGAUGCCGAGAGAUCACCAGAGACCAGCGAUUCCAGCAGAGAAAAUACCCCCCAGUUUAGCAAUUUAAGACCGGAGAAUACAAUGGUGGCGGACGACCCAUACGACCCCUACAAAUCCCUUGACGAAAACAACCCGUAUUAUAACACACAUGACACCUAUAACAGACAAAGACCUGAUGGCAGACAGAGACCGGGGUACGGUACGCGACUUUUUCAAAACGGUUUGCCAGACCUGGUUCCAGAUCCUUAUUACAUCCAGACCACCACGUACAUCCAGAGGGUCCCCAUGUAUAACCUGAGGUGCGCAGCAGAGGAGAACUGCUUGGCAAGUACAGCAUACAGGUCCAGCGUGAGGGACUGGGACACGCGUGUGCUGUUGCGGUUUCCGCAGCGUGUGAAGAACCAGGGGACGGCAGACUUCCUGCCCAGCCGGCCACGCUACGCCUGGGAGUGGCACAGCUGUCACCGGCACUUUCACAGCAUGGACCAAUUCAGCCGCUACGACCUGCUGGAGAGGGGCUCCCAGAGGAAGGUAGCUGAAGGACACAAGGCCAGCUUCUGCCUGGAGGACACGUCGUGUGACCCAGGCUAUUACAGACGCUUCGCCUGCACAGCACACACCCAGGGCCUCAGCCCUGGAUGUUACGACACCUACAACGCAGACAUCGACUGUCAGUGGAUCGACAUCACAGACGUGAAGCCUGGGACCUACAUCCUCAAGAUCACAGCCAAUCCUGAGUUCCAAGUCCCGGAGUCGGACUUCUCCAACAACGUUGUGCGCUGCGAGGUCUACUACACGGGCAAUUAUGCCAGUACCUCAGGAUGUCACGUCUCCCCGUACUAAAAUGUGAACCACGCUCUGAAAUCUGGUCUUGGAGGAUGGAGGGCCAGACUCUGCUUGUCCCGCUAAACAUGAGGAUGCCAGCGUGAGGGGAGACGUCGAUCAUACCCCGGGGGAAACUUCCAGCCUCUGUAUAGUCAAAUUUCCUGUUUUCUGCUUUCUUUUAUCCUUAGCUUGUAGACCGCUAGCAGCAUAUAGGUAUCUGUAGACGUGUAACACAGUCACUGAUUUUCCUCUGUCAGGUAAAUUGUAAAAACAUUAUUUUGUGGUACAUUGUCGCUUUAAAAGAGGUAUGAGCAGAGUCAUUGGCAUAUAGUGUAGAUCGUCCUCAUAUUUAGGCUGUAUAGUUAGAAAUAAGGGUUAGCUGUAGAAUAUUGGAGCCAUAUCAACGCAAUAUGUAUUAUGUUAAUAUUAUCAUAGUGCUGAUUGUGAAUUUCACAGUGGAGGGACGUGAUGGUAUGUUAAUGUGUCUUAUGUCCACAUUCUUACUGAUCCUUUUUCUUCAUUUGAAUAUAUUACUGUGUAUCUCAAUCUGUUAGGAAAAACUGAGUAAACUUGAAACAAUCUCUCAA